AUGCAAGGGCUUCUCGUAAACUUUGAGGACAAUGUGAAAUUUCUUCAAAACUUCUUCGAGUCCCGAGGCAUCGACGUUUCGGGGACUGUUGUCCCCUCGCCACGGGACCUCUCUUGGGUCAUGCAGGCCAGACUGAUAGCGCAAAGACGAUUUGCCGAGCAUUUCGCAACAGACGAAGGAUGGCGGAAGCACAUUGACUUUCUCUAUACCCUCUCAAAGACUUAUCUCCUCGACUCCAUGAAAGGGGCUACGAUAUCAUGCCGCAUCCUUCACGCCCCCUUGGAGAGACCAUGGCCAGGGCGCCCGCCACUCGCAACCAUGCACCACGAUGAAGUAUCAGAGGCCACUCUGCGCACUAUUUGCUAUUUUGAGUCAGGAUCCAUCGAUAUCAAACAACAUGAUACGUCACGCAUAAUCGGUUUCAGUUCCCGUGAUUCGCUAUUUGUCAGAUCCGAGCUCAUACUCGAUCCAUUCCAACACGCAAGCCGCUUUGAGAGAGGGAUAUCUUUCACGAAGCUUCUUGGCAACGUAGGCAAGCCAGGUCUCACCCUUCUCACCUGUCCAGAGAAUCUCAUGGUUCGGGAAGUGGACCCGGGCUCGUGGAGAAUGGCAACUCACGCCCGUUUUGACGGUCAGCUGGACGACUGCUUUAGUCAUAUGUCGAUGCAUUUGAACGUUCUCGACUGGUGCUUGCCGUUGACGUCCGACGAUUCCUACGGGCAGUACACUGUCGAGGCAUGUAUAGCCGAGGCGGUCAUCCGGGUUCAUGACCGAGGGAGAUGGGUUGGAGAUGUUGAUAUAUUCAACGCACUCUCGCACAUGAAGCUCAAGUACAGUGACUGGAAAUGCCUUCAGUGCCAUGUCACCGAGGCCGUGCCGGACGAUCGCAUGACCUCAUUGGAUACAUGGGACGAGAUCCUCGACAGUCCGCAGGAUGGCCUGCUCGUCAUUAGAACCCGCGGGAAUUGGAUGGCUAGGCUCGCUGUGGUUGGUAUACUGCAUGCGCUGGCUAGGGAAAAAGAGCCUGCUUAUGGCAGAACAACCCAAUCAAUAACUCUAUGCCCUGAAAAGACUGAUACGGAGGUCUGCUGGCAGUGUCUCAUACCUAAAGCGUGUAAGGCAUCUCACAAAGGGCAGGGACUAAGAGGAAAUGACGUGUUCAUUCUCUGA